AUGAGUGCUUCUCUGGUAAACACUUCACAGGGCCUAUUAACCUUCAAGGAUGUGGCUCUGGGCUUCUCACUGGAGGAAUGGGAAUGUCUCAAUUUUGCUCAACGGGCAUUGUACAUGGAUGUGAUGAUGGAGAAUUACAACAAUCUUUUGUUUGUUGAAAAUCAUCUCAUAUAUGGAAAACAUGGGAAGUUUGUAGAUCAAGACAGAGAGUGCGUUAUCCAAGAGCAUGUGAAGAUACAAGAGAAGUCUUCUAAAUGUAAUGGGCUUAGCAGCAUGAUUAAUGAAUCCACCCAAAGUACACCUUAUAAAACUAAUGACAAAGGUGUUGCUCUUCAAUCCUCAAAUCUCAAAACACAUAAAACUGGGAAAACCAGAGAAGUUUGCAAAUAUAAUGACUUUGUAAAGUGUUUAAAUAAGUGUACUCUCAUUAGUGUAAAUCAAGGAAUACACAUAGGGAAGCAAGAAAACAGCAAUAUAGAAUUUGUUAUUGAUUUUGUCCCUAAACAUAAACUGAUGCAGAAACAAACCAAUAAUGGCAAGAAGCUUUACAAAUGUAGUGAAUGUGACAAAUGCUUUACCCAGAAAGGCUGUUUUAAUAAUCAUCAGAAAAUUCAUACAGGAGAGAAAUCAUACAAAUGCAGUGAAUGUGACAAAUGCUUUAGGUACAAAGAUGGUCUGAGAAUUCACCAGAGAAUUCAUACAGGAGAGAAACCUUACACAUGCACUGAAUGUGACAAAUGCUUUAGACAGAAAAUUAGUCUGAAAGUUCACCAGAGAAUUCAUACAGGAGAGAAACCUUACAAAUGUAAUGAAUGUGAUAAAUGCUUCACUGAUAAAGGCAGUCUGGGAAAUCAUCAGAAAAUUCAUACAGGAGAGAAACCUUAUAGAUGUAGUGAAUGUGACAAAUGCUUUACCCUACAAUCCCAUCUUAGAAUUCAUCAGAGAAUUCAUACUGGAGAGAAACCUUACAAAUGCAGUAAAUGUGACAAAUGCUUUACCCAACAAUCCAGUAGGAAUAAUCAUGAGAGAAUUCAUACAGGAGAGAAACCUUACAAAUGUAGCAAAUGUGAUAAAUGCUUUACUGUAAAAGGCAAUCUGAGAAUUCAUCAGAGAAUUCAUACAGGAGAGAAACCUUACAAAUGUAGCAAAUGUGAUAAAUGCUUUACUGAAAAAGGCAAACUGAGAAUUCAUCAGAGAGUUCAUACAGGAGAGAAACCUUACACAUGCACUGAAUGUGACAAAUGCUUUACUGAAAAAAACACUCUGAGAGUCCAUCAGAGAAUUCAUACGGGAGAGAAACCUUACACAUGCACUGAAUGUGACAAGUACUUUAGGUACAAAGUUAGUCUGAGAAUUCACCAGAGAAUUCAUACAGGAGAGAAACCUUACACAUGCAUUGAAUGUGACAAAUACUUUACCAGACUAUCCCAUCUUAGGAAUCAUCAGAGAAUACAUACAGGAGAGAAACCUUACAAAUGCAGUGAAUGUGAUAAAUGCUUUACCCAACAAUCCUAUCUUAGAAUUCAUCAGAGAACUCAUACAGGAGAGAAACCUUACAAAUGCAGUGAAUGUGAAAAAUGCUUUACUGAUAAAGGCAGCCUGAGAAGUCAUCAGAAAAUUCAUAUAGGAGAAAAAUCUUAA